UUACUACUAUACGAUAUUUAAACGUAUCAUCAUCUCAAUAUCUGUCAUUACUAGAGAAAAUGCAAUGUGUCUUUAAAAAUUUGCUAAAAUCAGCUGUUGCACGUCCUAGCGGAAUACGAUUACUGAAAAUGGCUAGCAGAGCUUUUGAUUCAAUACCUUUGGUGGAUGUAGACAAAAAAGGAAUUUUUAAAUAUGUUCUAAUUAAAAUUUAUGGCAACGAGGACUGCGCCGAAACAUCCGAAAAAUUGGUUGUUCGUGGAUAUUCUGAUUGUAAAUUUCAUUCUGAUAUCUAUGAACGCAUGAUGGAGAUUUGCAAAAAGAACGGCUUGGACUCACAAUGCCUGGGUGGUGGACGCAUUGAACACGACCCAGAAAAGAAAUAUAUGAAAGUCUAUGGAUUCUCACAAGGCUUUGGUAAGGCUGAUCAUGUUGAAUCGAAAAGGAUUUUACAAACAAAAUAUAAAGACUACGAGAUCGAGACAACCGAUGAAGGAUAUUAAUUAUAUUUUAGUUUCUUUUCUUUUUGCGAACAUGAAUUUAAAUUAUAUAUUAAAAUUGUA